GUCGAAUCCAAGAGCAAACAACUCCUCGCUGUCUUGGCAACGACGGAUCUCGCGAGAUUCCCGCCACAUCGUCUCCAUUGUUUUUUGGGGUUGGUCGAAAGUUUCCCUCAUUUCGGGGCAGAUUUUUAUGUUUUAUUUCAUGUUUUGUGGGGAAACAGUAAAAAGACCAACUUUUAUGGGACGUUCUCAAAGAUAAUUCAUCUACUGAGUAAAUUUUGAAUAGCAGAAAGCCUGUCCGGAUUAACAAGAGGCCAUUGAAUGACUCAGGGAGGUUAUCUUUGAUUUAAGAAGUUCAACGUUUUGCAGGAUUAACAAAUCAGUUGACAUAGAAUAUUUCAGCAAACAAAAACAACACCAUGGAUAGCGAUGAAAAGAAAAAGAUUGUUGAAGUUAUGAAAGCCAAAAAAGGGGAGAGCAAUCUUGAUUGGAUGUAUAAAGGCAUGGCACCGGACACCGAUGAUUAUCUUAUGGGAAGAAAAGUCGAUAAUUACAUUGAGAAGAAAUCAGAAACUACUAAAGAUGGUAAAUUCAGUACCAACUUCACGACUCGAAUCAAGACUAAUGUAAUGAUGGACAGUGCCACGCAGAUGCGAGAAGAUCCACUCUUUGUGAUGCGGAAACAGGAGGAAGAAGCACGGCGCAGGAUUUUGGACAACCCAAUUAAAAUGAAACAAAUUCAAAAAAUGCUCAAAAGCCAGAAAAAACCUCACAAGUCCAAGAAACACAAGAAGAGCAAAAAGAAAAAGAAAUACCAUGACUCUGACUCUGACUCCUCGUCAUCAGACUCGUCAGAUGAAUUAGUGAAGGCUUAUCUGGCCAUUGUUAAAAAGAAGAAUAAAGACCAGUGUGAUGAAGAGCAGAAUCCAGUUGACAAGAUGCAGAAGUCUUCACAUUAUGGAUUGAUUAAGAGCAGUUCUAGCCACCAGUCUUCAGAAAGAAAUGCUCCUCGGUCAGGCCACUCUCACCUCUCCCACAGUAACAGUCCUGAGAAGGAUGAGGAAAAGUACAAGCAUAAACACAAGUCUCACCACUUGCAGAGAGAUUCUUCAUCGAAACACACACACGAUAGCUUUAGCUCUCAGUCUAAAUCAAGCGACCAUGGACAAUCUAGAUCAGCGUCAUCACACACGAGACAUCGAAGUCGGUCACCUCCAACAAAGAAAUUAAAUGCGAGUGAUCGUGAGAAAAAGCUUCAAGAAAUGAUGUCUGACGCUAAAUGGCGCUCUGAUGUCCGAGCACAUAAUGUCAAAGUUUAUGAGAAAGAAUGUGAGCUUGAUGAGAAGAAUACUCACAAAGGAAGCAGUUCGGAUUUUCUAAACCCCAUGAUGUCACAACAUGCCUCUCAGAGUAGUGUUGAAGAGAGAAUCCGGAGAAACAAAUACAACAUCCAGAGAACUAAAUCACAGUUAAAUGCUAACUUUACAAAGAGAUAAAAGAAAAAAAUAUAAAAAAAAUACUUGUAAAUAAAAUACAUGCAGUCAUCAUC